UAUGUGUUCCGCCAUUUUGUAAAUAUAUGAUAUUUUUACAUUGAAACCAUCUAAAUGUUCACGAUAAAAAGUAAUUGAGUUGAAAAUCUAUUGGUAAAGGAUGUCUCGAAGUAGGAAUGGGAUCUAUAAACUUGACAAUUUGCCAUUUUCUUCGAGAGAAUUCCACAAGAAAUUUACUUUGGUAUCUGGCCCUCUAAGCUUGUUUGAUGCCGAGGACGACCCAGAAGAAGGAAAUGAAAACCCAGAUAUUGAAAGACCUUUAACUCCAGUAGAGGAAGCAAUCAAGGGUCCUCCUUCAACAUUCAGUUCUUUUGYUAAGCUGAUUCGACCACGUCUUACUCCAAAAGAUGUUAUUCCUGGUCUUAGCAUCAAUGAUCAACAAGAGCUGAUUGGUGUUAUCAUGAAUGAGAUCAAUAAUAUUUGGGGAGACAUGAAGGGCAUUCCACCUGACCCAUUCUUGAGCCACCAAGAAAACAUGGAAUUGCAAAGGCGGCUUGCAAUUGAAAUUGUUACUCUUGCUCAAGGAUUGUUCUUCAAGUUUCUUAAAAAAGCACAAAAACUCCAUCAGAGAGGUGUUUUCAGUGGAGCUGCAAAUUUAAGUCGACUGAAAACACAGUUGGCUCUUGAAGCUAACAAAARUCUCAAUGUAUUAAGCAUCAGACGUAACCUAGCAAUUGACAUGAAACAUCCUUGUGAUCUGAGCACAGUAUCAAGUACAAGGCUGUGGAUUGGUGGUAGCAAAAAAACAUACAAGCCAUUAGUGGUACGGCAAGAGGAAGCGAAGCUGCGUUUAACUAAAGAGGAACUUUUACAAAGAAGAAUAGAAAGUGAAAUCAGUGAUUUAAGGAAGCAAAUGCCUUCACUGAAGGCUGAUUUCUUUGGUGGAAUAUUUCCUGAAGARGUUUUAGAAGGAUCAAGGAGACCAACACCAUUAAUUUUAGUUCCAGAGUCUGAUCAUAGUGAAAGUCAUUCUGARCUUCUUGAUGGCGUCAUGGAGGAUGAAGAUGGCUUGAGUGAAAAGUGCAUUACAGAGCCUUAUCUUCCCGUUGGAGAAUCAUUACUUGAUGARCUUGGCCUUACUGAGGCAGACAUUGAUGUGGGGAAGAAGGGUUACCCAAGGUCAUCAAGUGUCAGCAAAGUUGCGGAUGACAUCUUUGCAAAAGAUUUGGAAGGCAGAGUGUCUACCAAGGAAAUGCAAGGGACACCUGACUUUGUGAGCAAUGACUUAAGAAAGCUUAUUUCCUCUAGAAGGGGGAAAUCCCAGAGUGAGAAGUCACAAAUAGACAGAGAGGGGAAGGACAGUGAUGACUUACCUCCCUUAUUGCAGGCACUAGCUCAUUACAGUUCUAAGAAAAGAGAUAGACUACUAGAUGACCCAGAUGAGUUGUGUAGUGAGUCAGGAUCAGUGAUAGCCUCCACUAAGGCAUCAUCUGUUGCAGUUGACUCUACUAUAAAUGACGAGAGCAUAACAGAGUUUACAGGGGAGGAGCAUCCUCAGCCAGCAGUUGUUUCACUGAGACUUCCUGAUAAGUCUGUAGUUCGCACAUCUGAUGUCAGAGUAUCCAAUCGAGUUAAUAAGUCUUCUUUGGUGUUACAAAAGUAUCCUACAAUAUACAAYGACCUUACAGGAGAGAUAGAUCCRGUGAUGGUGAAAUGGCUGGACCGGAACCUCUUCAUAGGUGAAGAGAUUCGUGAAGUCUACCAAGAAAUCAUUAGAACAAUGAAUACUGAUUUUCUUCUGUUUGAUAAGGAUCCAUAUGUAGAGAAAUGUGCUACAGAAGUCGACAUGUCGCUGUGCAACGCAUCAGCAUCGUUACAGAAAUCUAAGAAAGAGAGAGUGAUGAACCAUCGUCUUCAUCGUGAAAUCCCUCCUCCUUGGGGCAGCGACACGGCAGAUAACUGGAGAAACAAUCCAAAGUUUGGAGGCCUGGGAAGAGAGGAUAUAUUGCAGGCCAAAAUAGGAAAAGAGACGGAGGGAAAAUCGUACAAUUCAUGGUUGGCCUGGUGGAGAUCAACAAUUAACUUUGAUGAUUAUCUCAAAUACRUCUCAACACAGGACAACGAUUUUCUUUCGAUGUUGUAUCAUCUUUACGACUCUGAAAAUGACUCUGAUGAGGAAGGAUCGGACGCCAUUACUCGACCAAACACCGUACAACUUGUGCUCAGCAGAGAGCGGGAAAGGAUGCUUUCAGAGCURAAAGCCAAGAAAACAGAGUACAAAACAGGUUUUUGGAACGCAAAUAGUGUCUUACUGGGUGGACUUGGUCAGGAUCCUGUCGUAAAUGAAGAAGACUUGAUGUMCGUGAUGGAUAGUCUAGGAAGUGUCAAAGAUUUACGAAGCGCGUCACAAGGAAGUCACUCCUCUGAAAGAAAGUCGUAUACAUCGUCAGUUUCUAAUAAAGAAUCACUCGGACGUAAAACGACUUUACAAGCAAAGUCGGACUUAAGCAAGAAUCAGGAGGAAUCAUUGAGUUAUCAAGAAAGGCUAGAACGWCUUUGGACGCUGCUUUGUAUGCCCAACCCACAAAGACUAGACAUGGCUAUCAAGUACAGUGCAGAAUCGCAUAAACACCGCCUAGGAGACGCUCUUGAUGCAUGGGAAGCUGCAGCAUCAGCCAUCAUUGACCGAGAGAACCUGCUGACAAAACUUGAAGAAUUUGAACGAAAUGCAUCAAAUCCAAACCGCUUCUUUGAAAAAGGUGAAGCCGGUACUUCGCUUUCAAGAAUACGAGAAUCCAAAGCUAGGGAUUUCUUCGAUAAGGAAAUGUCUGAGCUCGAUCGUGAAGUGAAACGGACAGUUACAAUCGUGAAGAAGAAAUUCGAUGAUGAAGUGACGUUCAAGGGCCGGUCGUGUUUGGAUAAACUUCGUCACGAUCGCACUGAAAUGCUGUAUUGGCUACAGCAAGAAAGAAGGCAGCAAGUCCUUAACAAAGAAAUGGUUAAAGAAGUCUCGCUGACAUUGCUAGAAUUACCGCCAUUGUCUGCCAAUUCAGUGUUAUGAAAGUGCAAAUAUAGUAGACUAUAAAUGCAUUUAUUUCUAUGGUUUGACCAAAUGCGCUUUUAGAGUUUUGUUAAACUCGACCUUGUCUGAGGUGGUUUCAAAGUAUUUUUGUAUAGAACUGUUUUAAAAACACUUACGACAUUGUAAAAAGACAUCUUAUUAUCACAAAUAAAAUUAAUUUAUUAAAAAAGAGUUUGUUUGAAAG